GCCGCAAUGCCCUCCAUAAACUAGACCGGGGUCCCGUUCAUCGCAAUCCCGCUUGAAACUCGUCUCUUCCUGACAACCCCCCUCUCCCCUCGAACGACACAAUGCCCUCCGUUUUGGGCGCCGCCCUCUUCCGCCCGCAUUCCGAUUCGCACACCACCACCACCACCAUGCGCGAUUCCAGUCCUCAUCCUCCCCCGCCGCCCGAUCAGCGACAACGACAGCAACAGAGCAGCAGCUGUUACGGCUACCACAACACCUUUCACACCCACGCCGUCCCCGCCGACCCCGACCAGACGCCGCCCACCUACGACUCGCUGCGCCCCGAGCCCGUCUGCCCGCGCGAGGCCCUCCCGACCUACUCGUGCUCCGUCCUGUUCGAGGGCCCGCUGGGCUUCAAGAGCGAGUACCACGACGUCUUUGAGCGCACGUGCACGCGCGACCGCCAGUGGCAGGAUGUGUACGUCGUGCUACGCGGCACGCAGCUCAACGUGCACCGGCUCAAGACAUCGUUGUUCCACAGCCGGUCGAAAAGGGCGGCAGCUGGCCGCCUGAUGCGCUCCUACUCGCUGCAGCACGCCGAGGUCGGCCUGGCCCUCGACUUCAAGAAGACUGAGCUGGUGCCGCGCUCGGCGCUGGCGCGCCUGGUGCCGCUCAACGCGCGCGCCGCCGUCUACGAGACGGAUCCGCACCUCUUCCUGCCCGUGCGCGAGCACGCUUUUCGCCUGCGCUGUGAGACGGACCAGUUUCUGUUGUGCAGCGCCGAGCCCGAGGGCAUGCUCGACUGGGUCGAGCAGCUGUGUGCCGCCGUUGACAUCUCGCCACCGCUCGACGACCGCAGCGAGCCUCGCUACCGCAGCCUGCCGCGCCGCGGACGCAGACAACGCCAGCUAGACGGCCGCGGCCCUCGCCCCGAGCCCGUCGACCUCACCGCCCGUCGUCUUCUCGCCGAGCAAGAACGCAUCAUCCGUACUCUCUACCCCAAUCUCGCCCGCGACGGCGCCGACGACGACAACAACAACCUCAUCGGCAACUCGCACUCCAACGGCGAUGCUGACGCUGACGACCUCGACGCCUCUGACAUGCUGUUCCCCGGCCGGCCCGCCUCACCCGACCAUCAUCAGGAGCCGCACCGCCGCGAGACGGACACCAGCACCCCCACGCCCACGCUUGCCGAGCACGACCACCAACCACGACCCCUGUCGCCCAUCGAGACGCAUGACCCCAGCAACGGCGACGCCCCCAUGAGUGGUUCGAUAAAGCUGCCGCGCAGUGGCCACGCCGAGCCUUCCGCAUCCUCCCUCUUCCGCUACCGGCGGCGCUGUGCGCCCGUGCUGCUCAGCUCAUCCCCCCGCGCCAGUGAAGUCAUUUACUAUGAGGGGAAGCGGAUGCGCGUCCAAGCACGCAAGCAGGCCCUCCAACCGUACCGCGAUCUUCCCCCGCAUUACGCGGCGCAUCGAUUCACGCAGGCCGACCGGGAUCAGGCGCUGAACCACCACGGCGACGACGAGGACGAAGACCUGGCAACGCGACCGGCCCUGGUGCACCGUCCCACGGCGGAUUCUUCGCUCGUAGGCCCGGCGUCGCUCUUCCACCUCGACGUCGACAUCGAUUCGGACGCCAUCGACCUCACUCCAAUGACGAGCAACGAGCUGCGCCGACAGGCAACGAGCGAAAGCGUUAGCGUCGCGCCCACGUCGGCGCCCGCCCUCACGAACACCACCACCGCCACAAGCACACCCGCCACAACGACUUCGACCACUACCGCGACCACCGUCACUCCCGCUGCAGCGCCCAUGUCUAUUCCCAGGCGAGCGUUUUCGGCCACGACGCGCGUCGCCGCCCUCGCUGCAGCCCAGCGCGCCGAGCACAAGGCCGCCGACGCCGAUGCAUCCCCGCCGACACGUCCGGGCCUGCCGAAGCGGUUUCUGAGCCGCGCAAAGGCGCCGCUGACGAGUGCCGCGGAGGCGUUUGGCGGGCUGGUCAUUUAGGGGGGGCGGCCUUUUGAGGCUGCGUGCGUGCGCGCGUGAGUUGGCGGGCCCUGGGGCUCGUUCGUCUCAAGUCGGCCUCGCUUCCGGGCUGGGCCUUUUUCGUCCUUGGCUU